AUUUAUAUAUUAUUUUAUCAAAACAAAUUUACUUAUCCUUCAUUCCUCGUUUGAAAAGCUGAUUAUUAUGCAAAACUCCGGCAAACUUGUUAUUCAAAAUCCUCUUGCAAUUGCAUGGCCAGAAAUUAACCCCAAUCUAGCUAUAGACAUUAUAAAUAAUUUCAACAAUUUGUUGAAUAAAUUGAAUUGCAAAAAAACAAAGAAUAAAAAGCACAUUGAUGAUAAGAGUAAAGGCAAAGACAUUAUAUUUGGAGUGAAUGAAGUCACCAAAUGCUUGGAAAAAAAUAUGCUUCAAUUUGUGCUUUUAAGUGAUGAACAUUCAAUGAAUUCCUUUUAUAUGUAUAAUCAUAUUGGGGAUAUGUGUAAUAUAAGAAAUGUCAAAGCAUUGUUAUUACCUAAUUUGAAAGAUAAUAUUGGGAAGUUAAUUAACAUCAGAUCUUGCUUAUCUAUAGGGAUAAAGGCAUGCAUUCUACCAAACCAAAUAUUCAAGAUUUUAUGGAAUAUAUCCUGCCAUUAACACCCUUACCCAAAAUUGAAUCAAAAUUUAAAAGAGUCAAAAUAAAUCAAAAAGUGGAUGAAAAAAUUUCUAAUAAUGCAACCUCAAAAUUGCCCACACCAAAUAAUCCUCAAAAUGAGAAUAAAUUGUUGGCACCUUUUAUUAAUAUUUUAAAUCAUACUCUCUUUAAAGACAAUAACCAAGAGAGCUUUAAUGAUAUUAAUUGUCAAAUUUUUUUAGGUUUGCAACCUCCUUCCAGCAUCAAACUCAACUUUAAUGAUAAUUUCCAUUUACACCAAAUAUUCAAAUACAAAUCAUCCUUGCAUAAAAUUUAUCGUGAAAAACAUGUUACCAAUAUGAAGCCCAAUUCACAAAUACUACCUCGAAAGACAAAUAAAAAAAUGAAAAAAGAUGUUACAUUACCUAAUUUUUAUUAGUUACCUUAAUAGAAAAAUAAAUGUAAUAUAUAAAUAUUCAUACCAUUUAAUGAGGCUUAUUAAUUAA